AUGACAGACAACGAUGGAAACGACCAUGCUGCUCCCAAGCAGGGAACAACUCAUAUAGAUUUCUCGGGUGACUUGGGCAAAAUUCAUGAUGGCGACGCAGCUCUUGCCCUGUUUGACAACCUUGAUGAGAUACACGAGGGCUUCGAGCCUGGAGAGGAGAAGAGAAUUGUCCGAAAGAUUGACCUGAUGAUUCUUCCCUUCUUGUCAGUUUGCUACGCAUUCUACUAUCUGGCUUUCAAAUGUUUUUUAUAUUGGCUUCCUGGCUUCGAGCUUCCCGACGAAUUUGUUGAUGCAACGGUUUUCUAUUGGAAAAUAUUUUGGAGCCAACCUCUUUCUGUGGGGAUUUUCUUUAUGCUUCAAGCUGCCGCGAGGAAUUUCACGCAACUGGCCAUUUUGCGCGUGAUUUCAGUGGCGGCAGAGGCAUGCAGUGACCCGGCAUUCAUGCUCAUUACGUCCAUGUAG